AAUUAAGCGUCGGCAUUUUCACUUUGAUCCUAGUAUAGAUGGAAUUUGUUCCUUGCUUGUCAACAUCUAGUGUUUUUUCUACCCCAGCGUCCUUGUUGUUUUUCUCUUGUCCAACAUCGUCGUGAGGACAAGAGGUUCGCGUUCAAAAAAAGACAUCAUACAUAAGUAGAUUUUCAGCAGCAAGGAAAAAUUCAUCGAAAUCUAAGAUCGUGAAAGAACUUUAACAGCCAUGCCUACGGCAGCCUCAAGUUCUUCCACUAAAUUUCUUCUGUCGACUACCAGCGGCGUGCAAAGCAGCAGUGCUAAAAACAUGCCAGCUGCGGGUAAGAUGAACAAGACUUCAUCCUCCAAGGCCGCACCUCCAGCGGGGAACAAGAAUAUCAAGACGAAGAGCAGUAAAAAGCCCAUGCUGUCUGUGAAGGAAAUGCGGGAGAUGAAGAAAAAGAAGAUGGUGGUGCGGAAAACCACCGCAGCGGCAGCUAUGAAGAAAAAACCCGCCGCCUCUGGUGCAACUGCUUGGUAUUGCGGACGACGGAACAAGAACACCCAGACAAAACAAGGGGAAGCGAAAUCGAACAAAUCGUCGAAAGGAAAGACGAAAACACAUGCCAAAAAAGAAGCAACCGAGGAGGAAGAAGACGAAGAGGACGAUUCUUCAGAAGACGACACAGACUCAGACGAAGACCCGCGGUUGAAGUGGCCCGCGCUGGAGUCGAACCCCGAGGCGUUCACGAGUUUCAUGCACCGCGUGGGCGUCGCAAAGCAGUUAUCGACUGCAAAAAUGUCUGGGUCUGGAAGGAUGUAACAUGUGAUGCGCAUUUCGGAACACACAAAAAUUUCUCAUGCAGAGGUAGCAAAAGCUGCUCACUUUCUGUCACCAAAGUGGGGGAUUUGUCAUGCGGGUUCGGCAUUGCGGAAGCUUCUCGAAACCUGUGAUGCUAGAGCUUCCAUGCCAGAGCUUCUGCGUCAUGCAGAAACAGCACGACUCUUCCAGACCCAGACAUUUCUACAUUUGAUAGCAGUGGCAGUUCCACGACGUUUUCGACUUGGACAUGCUGGACCAGAUUCCGGACGUCACCGCCCUGGUUUUGCUCUACCCGAUCGUGGACGAAGAGGGCGAAGCACUCAUGCCCACGGCGAACCGGAAACGUACUUUCUGUUUCUAUAAUUUCCGACAGAAUAAAGAACUUUGUCAUGCAUGCCUGAGUCUAAGUAACCUGUGCCUGCUGUCUGUGCAUGUUUAAUAAGUAAGUAACUUGUGCGAAUCCAAGUGAUUCUAUGACGCAAUUUUUGACAGCAUGAAUUUUUACACGUGCUGACGAGUGAGACAAGUGAUUAAAAAUAAACUAACAGCAACAUGCCUAUGCACAAAUGCUCUUACUUUACAAACAGGAGUGAAAUUGUCCGAUGACGCCCCCUUCUUCAUCUGGCAGGGCGAAGACCUCGGGAACGCGUGUGGUACCAUUUCCAUUAUCCAUGCGGUUGCGAAUAUGGGAGUGUCAGGAUCGAAAUCGACAAAAUCGAAAAGUUUGUAAUGCGUAAAACGUAGGGCACAUAAGGCCUGUGUUGGAGAGGAGGCAAAUGAGACCGAUUGCAAGCCUGUCUAGCCCCAAACAUGUAUUGCCAGAGUAGCAUGACAGGCGCAGUCUUCUUUGCCCAAACAGCAUGACAGGCUGGAUUUUGAUGCUCCCAAAAUUUGUCAUGCGGCGGUUGGAAACUGAGGCUCCAACUGGUAUCGACUUUAUGCGUCGCAAAUUAUUUCGAUUUUGUUGAUUUCGAUCCUGACGCUUCCAUAGCGAACUGCGAGCAAGUGGCGAAAACCGUCAAGAAAAAAUCCGCGCUGAGCGAGUUCUUGGCGAAAUGUAAAAAGAUGACGCCUAUCAAGUGCAAAAAUGUCUGGGUCUGGAAGAAUGCGAACCUGUUAUGCGUGUUGCGGAUCAUACAAAAAUCUGUGUUGCAUGACUUGCAAAAGGUCUCCACUUCUGGCCAUGCUGAGAGGGCAUUCCUCAUGCAGAAUAGGCAUCACCAAGGGACUGCAGAACGUGUGAUGCUACUCCCUGCAUUCCAGACUUGGCGGAGCUUGGAGAAACUGCAUGACAAAUCUCGGAAUCUUCCAGACCCAGACAUAUUUGCAAUCCAUAACGCCCGAGGAACGCGGGAGUUUGCUCGACCAAGACGAAGCAAUCAUGGAGCACGUACUUUUUCGUGGUAGUUGUGGUCGUGAAGAUCAUUGUGAUAUCGAUAUGUUGUAGUUCCAUGUUGUAUGCAAUACAACUGUCUACUUCGGCCUAGCUAAGAAGGUCUUGACGCACGAGACCGAUUUGUAUCGCAGCAUUGCAUCUUCAGCUGGCUUUUUUCUGAUGCAGAAAUAAUACGGGAAUCAUGAUACAUGACCAAAAAUACAUCUUCAGGUUGCCGAAGUCGCUUGCGAUGCGGAGUUGAACCAGACCGAUUGGUACAAGUUGGUUGAGGACGAUGAUGACGACGACGAUGACGAUGAGGAGGAUAUUCUGUUGAAAAACGUCCCCGCCCCUCAGACUCCAGAUGUUGCUGUUGGGAACUCUGCAACCCAAAUCCAGGUUUUUUAAGACUCAACACGCAUGACAAUUCAAAGUCUCUGCUCGUACUAUCUGUAGAGUAGUGCAUCGCGCAACAAGUUCUCAGCAAGGGCAGCCGCAAUUAUACCUUGACAUUAGAGCCAUCUUCUUAUUGUGUUUCCAGCAUAUCAAGUUCCAAAACGCGACUAGGGCGGAUGUAUCAUGUUGCAAAUGUUUCAGUAGAUGCAAAUCUGCCUGACACCAGCGCUAGUAGGGAGGUGGAGACGUUUUUACUUGGGAUAGAUGAAGACGAGGAUGAAGAUCCGGAGGUUGAUUUAGACACCGACCACCACUUCAUCACCUUCAUAUGCAUCACAAAAUUUGAAUUUCGUGCUAGAAGUAAUUGCCUAAUUCGAAUGAUCCAAUGAUUUUUUGCUUAACCACACUAGCAUGGAAAAGAAAAACUGAAUAAAUGAAAAAGAAAAUUGCAUGUGCUGUUUGAUACCCCCUCCAAUGAUCGACAUUUUCCAUUUUGCACGAAGUACUAUAUUGCAAUUGCCGCGAGUUGUGCGAAGAUGUUUUUGCGCAGCAUAUCUCAUCGAGAAAAACAACGUGAUCUAUGAAUUGGACGGCCUCCGCAACAUGCCACUUAAGGUCGGCACGACCAGCAGUAGUUGCAGCACUACCUCCUCUAUCAAAUGCAAAAAUGUCUGGGUCUGGAAGAUUGGAACUUGUGAUGCUAACUUUGGACUCUAGAAAAAUCUGUAUUGCAUGACCAGCAAGAGGAGUCUAGUUCGUGCUACGCGGGGAGGGCGUUUGUCAUGCGGAGUAGGCAUCAGGAAGCCCUCUCAAAAUCUGUGACGCACGGCCGUGCAUUGCAGAAAUACUGGCUCAUGCAAAACAUGCAUGAGAAAUCUCAGAAUCUUCCAGACCCAGACACUUUUACACUUCAUAUCCUCCUCAUCUUCCAGCGCUCGUAGUACAACCACGUCGGCGAAGAACAAGUCGAAUUUUCUCCCGGAGGUUGCGAAGAUCAUCAAAACCAAGUUCCUCAACCGUGCGCCGGAAAACAUGCAGUUUGCAACCCUGGCGCUGGGCGGCAAGGAGAAAUCAUAAGAAUUAGAAAACAAAAUUCCGAAGAUAGAAUAAGGAAUAAAAGCUGUAUACUCAGUUAUAAUUCACGGUGCUUGCAGCUCACCAUCUCGUCUCUGUCGCAGUUGCUGUGCCACUGCGCUACAAUCUUUUCAAAGAUGAAGAUUGUUGGCGGGGGCCGCGCAGGUUUAUUUUGGAAAAAAGGACGACCCACUCCAGAAUCGACAUCGAGUCGGAAAAAUACAUGAACAAACGAACAAUCAGAAUUACAAUCAGUUUAAAAAGUACUCAAUUAUGCCUCCUAAUCGUGAACGAACAAACAAAGGACGCAUCAUCAACCGCAUAAUGCAGAUACUUGAUUUAGAUUUUGCUAAUUGGCUUGCUAGUACUCCAUCUACAUGUGUAAAAAAUAUGGUCGUGCUCCAUUCGUGCAAUUAUACCUCAGGCCCGAAAAUCAAAAUUCAAAACGAUGAGCGCACAAUUAUUGUUUUGGGUAAUGAAAGCCAAACUGUAGCUGCUGGGCGUAUGGUCUGUUUUAGCAAGAUUGUAAGGACCUCCAUUACGCCCGUUUUGUAGUCCCACUUUUCUUGUGCCCCCUCUUGUACCAUGCUACAAAAAAGGUCUAGUCUACUUCUACGCACCCGAGUCCAAGAACUACACAAAACGAAUGAGCAUUUCAUGGAAGCAGGACUAAGUUUAGGUUUAGUUUGUUUUAUGAUCUCGCACUCGUUCCUAAUAAAUAGUGACAAAUUCGUCCUGAAGUACUUACAAUGAUUAGACGGGCGUCUGGGCCUCAUUUCCUUCUUCUAAUAUUGAUGUGCUAAUCGUGGAUAAAUGUGUCACUCGUGUUUUUCUUGCACCAGAACGAGGUGAAAUGUUAUUGUCUUGCUCUCGACCACCUCGACCUGGAGCACUACACUGCUGAUGUAAAAACAAGGAUCGCAUGUACGUUGAUCUUGUGCAAGACCUCUCUACAUCAAGUGCCGUUGAUACGGCAAUGAUGUGUUGAAGGUGCUACUACAU